AUGGAAAGGUUUCAAAAGAAUGAAUAUGGAGCUAUGGCUAAAGGAAGUGUAGAAAAUAACCAGUUUUCAUCAUCAUCCUCACUGAGGCUCAUCCUGGUGGGCAAAUCCGGCUGCGGGAAAAGUGCCACUGGAAACAGCAUCCUCUGCCAGCCUAAGUUUGAAUCUAAACUGAGUCCCAAGACCAUGACCAGGAAGUGCCAGAGGGCCACAGGCACGUGGAAUGGCAGGGACAUCCUGGUGGUUGACACACCCUCCAUCUUUGAUGAAAAGUCCCCAGACCAAGAGAUGUACAAGAACAUCGGGGACUGCUAUCUGCUCUCAGCUCCAGGGCCCCAUGUGCUGCUGCUGGUGACACAGCUGGGGCGCUUCACUGACCAGGACACAAAGGCAGCGGAAAGGGUGAAGGAGGUCUUUGGGGCAGGUGCCAUGAGAUAUGUGGUGGUCCUCUUCACCCACAAGGAGGACUUAGAGGGUGAAUCCUUGGAUGAGUAUGUAGUCAAUACGGACAACUACAGGCUGAGGAGCCUGAUCCAGGAGUGUGGGAGGAGGUACUGUGGCUUCAACAACCGGGCCACCGGGGAGGAGCAGAGGAAGCAGCUGGAGGAGCUGAUGGCUGUGAUCAAGAGCCUGCAGAGAGAGCACAAGGGCGCCUUCUACACAAACGACCUCUACACUGAUGCACAGAUGCUCCUGAGACAAGGAGGUGGCACCUGUGAAGAGCGCAGGAGCUACCUGGCCAAGGUGCAAGCACAUGUCACAAGGUGCAACCGGAGUCACUUGUUGUCCAAGGUGCACCUCAGAGUAAAAAACUGGAUGCUUUCUAACAAUGGGUUAUUUUUUAUCCUUGUGAUAUGCAUUCUGAUUUUGCUUGCCAUUUUAAUUAACUUGUGUAUUACUCAAGGACGCUGA